AGCUCAACUCCGAGACUUUAUUCUUCUUCUUCUUUUCCGCUUUUCCCUUCAGGAAUCCCAACGCACGAUGUCUGAAACCGCACCUGCCGUGCCUCCCGCUCCUUCUCCCGCCGAGAAGACGCCCGUGAAGAAGAAGGCCCGCAAGUCCGCCGGUGCCGCCAAGCGCAAGGCGUCCGGGCCCCCGGUGUCCGAGCUCAUCACCAAGGCCGUCGCCGCGUCCAAGGAGCGCAGCGGCGUGUCCCUGGCGGCGCUCAAGAAGGCGCUGGCGGCCGCCGGCUACGACGUGGAGAAGAACAACAGCCGCAUCAAGCUGGGCCUCAAGAGCCUGGUGAGCAAGGGCACCCUGGUGCAGACCAAGGGCACCGGCACCUCGGGCUCCUUCAAGCUCAACAGGAAGGCGGCCUCCGGCGAGGCCAAGCCCAAGGCCAAGAAGGCGGGCGCGGCCAAGCCCAAGAAGGCGGCCGGGGCGGCCAAGAAGCCCAAGAAAGCCGCGGGGGCCAGCGCCCCCAAGAAGAGCGCCAAGAAGACCCCCAAGAAGGCCAAGAAGCCCGCGGCGGCGGCUGUCGCCAAGAAAGCGGCCAAGAGUCCGAAGAAGGCCAAGGCGGCCAAGCCCAAGAAGUAA